AUGUCUGUCGGAUUCCGCUCACCUUUUCUCUUGUUAAUUGUAUUUAGCGUGGACUCUAAACGACUGGCAGCAUUGAACUCGCGUCUCCAAGGUGUACGUGUUGGCAAUUUUUCGUACGUCCCAACUCCCCUGUUUCUGGGAGACUUAGAUGGGAAUCGGUUCACCAUUGUAUUGAGAUCAAUAUCUUCCCCAGACAGUAUUAUUACAAACGCAAUCGAUUCAUGGGGAUCUAAUGGAUUUGUCAAUUACUAUGGUCUACAGCGAUUCGGUCAUUCUGCAAAAUCGAAAAGUUUCGAAAUCGGGAAACACCUUUUGCGUGGAGAGUGGGCUCAUGCUAUCGAUUUGAUACUCGUUCCAACUUUCGCCGAACCCUCCAAGUCUUGGACAGAUCUACCCGUGGUCAGACAGACAAAAGAGGAGUUUCUGACAUCAGGUGAUGCAGCCGCUUGUGCUGCCAAAAUUCCAUCGUCAGUGGAAAAAUACCUUCUCCAAGGUAUCGCCAAACAUGGGAAAACGCUAAAUGCGUUGCAAGCCCUUCCUCGGAACCUGCGUCAACUUUAUGUACACAGCUACCAAAGUCUGAUCUGGAAUCGGAUAGCUAGUCGUCGAGUAAACCAGUUCCAUACUGGACACGCCCAGCCGGGUGAUUUGUACAUACAGAACGCUGCGGAUUCAUUACUCCCAAUAGACGCAGUGGAUGAAGCGCUGUGCCUGGAACUUAACUCAAACACAUCUUCAAAUGCGACUACUCCCGUUCCCUUGGUUGUGACGGCUGAGAAUUGUCAGAGCAUCCCCUUGACUGACGUUGUUCUCCCUCUACCCGGGUUUGCAGUCUCCUAUCCACAAAACCAAUGUGGUCGUUGGUAUGAACAGCUGAUGAAGGAAGAUGGUAUUUGCCAGGAAGACCUGCGUCAUCGAGUCAAUUUGUUGUUCUCAUCAGUAGUUGCAGUUAGCUUGUGUAGUCGUUGUCACUUACUGCUGUGGGAUAAAAAUAAAAAAAUUAUUAUUCAGCGGUAG